AUGACCGCCCCGGGCCCCGUUCCGCCCCUUCCGCGCGUCCUGUUCGGGUGCGCGGAGGCGGAAACGGGCGCGCUUUCCCGCCAAGCGGCGGACGGCGUGCUAGGGCUCGGGCGGGGGGCGUACAGCCUGCUGGCGCAACUAGUGAGCGCGCGCGCAGUCGCCGCGGAGGUCUUCUCCAUCUGCUACGGCGGAGGGGGAGGCGCUGCGGAAUCCGCGGAACUGGCAAAAGGCGCGGGGAACGGGGGGAGUGGCUGGGGAUUGUGGCGGCGGAAGGGGGGGAUGGGGAGUGGAGGAGGGAAAGUCGGGGGAGGGGCGAGAGAGCAGGGGGAAAUGGGGAGGUUGGGGGGGGAGCGGGGGGCGAUGAUCAUGGGGCCUGUGGGGCUGCGCGCGCCUGCGGUGAUGCAAUACACGGCGUUCGACCGCAUGCGCGUCGGCACGCCCUUCUAUCAGGUGGUGGUGAGUCAAAUUCUUAUCGGGGGAGAACCGCUCCCAGUGGAGGACGCCCCGCUGCUCUUCUCCUCGGGCUAUGGCGUCGUCGUUGACAGCGGCACCUCCUUCUCCUACCUACCCGCGCCGCUCUUUGAGGCGUUCAAGCACAGCGUCAUGGCGCGCGUGGCGAGGGGAGUCAAGAUGCUGACGGACACAGAGCCGCAGUACCAGAGCAUGUGCUUCCGGUCCACCUCCUGGACUUCUCUGCAAGCCUCCACGCUGGCGUCCUUCUUCCCGUCAGUGGAGCUGGUAUUUGGGGAAGGCGCCAUCUACCGCCUGGACCCCGAGAACUUCCUCUUCCAGCACCGCAAGCGCAGCGGCGUGUUCUGCAUCGGGGUGUUCCCCAACCCCGACCAGGGGACCAUUCUUGGCGGUCUCAUGUUCCGUAACACCAUGUUGACCUUUGACCGGGUCAACGAUCGCCUGGGCUUCUGGAAGACCCCCUGCGACCAGCUCAUGACCCACAUUGUGUCGCCUGGCGCGCCUGGUUCGGAACCAGGUCCGGAGCCAGGUUUUGGUGCAGGUUCGGAAUCUGGGUCUGGAUUAGAGGAGGAAUUAGGCUCGGAUAUACGGCCUGCAGCAAGGACAAUGAAUCCGUUAGGGAGGGGCAGGGAUCCUCGGGACCCGUACACAGAGGAGCAGGCUCGGUCAGGCGGAGGUUCGGCAGCAGGCUUGGGUGCAGGCACAGGUGGACCCAAACCUGACGAGGGCACCCACCCAAGCAGCAUGACCACACAGGAUGCCACUACAAGGGGUGUGCCUGCAAGGGAUGUGACUGUAAGAGGCGACAGCAGCAGCAGCAGUGCGAGCAGCAGAAGCAAGCGGGCGCCGGAUGCAGGGCCAGCAGGCAGCGACGACGACAUGGCGAUGGUGUGGGCUGUGGCGGACGCCAUGCCGUCGUACCGCCCGGUGGACUCCACGGGGUGUGCGGGGUGCGCCAGCCACGUGGACAUGGAGCUGCGGUUUCCGUUGCUCUCGUCCGCACAGCUGGACGCGCUGGAGGGGCAGCUGACUGAUGAGCUGAUCCGAGAAUUAUUGCUGGAGCCGGGACAGGUGGUGAUUCAGAGUGUGUGGGGCACGAGUCCCAGCGGGGCAGCAGCAGAGGUGUGGCUGGUGCCGUAUGCGGGCACCACCUUCCUGCCUGCCAUCACCGUGCAGCGCGUCAACUCCACCAUCAGCCAGCACGCCAUGCACCUCUCGCCUGCGUUUGGGCCCUACAAUCUCAGCUCAUUCAACGCGCCGCCUCCGGACUUCUCUGGCAGCGUGGCUCAAUCCCAUUCCAAGCCGCAGCUGCGGUGGCUGUGGUUCCUCGUGGCAAUCCCCCUCUUCCUCCUCUGCAUCGCUGCUGCCGUCUGGUUCCGAGUGGGGCGAAAGGAGGGGGAAACUGAGGCUGGGAGGAAGAGAUUUGUGACGGUGGGAAGGCGAUUGCAGCAGGAGGCAAUGGAGAGUGAGAGAAGUGAGAGGAUGGAGAGGCAUGAUAGAAUAGAGCGGUUUGAGCGGCAUAAUAAGAUGAUAGCGCUGACUGCCCAAGGGUCGGGCUCAUCGCCGAAGCAGGUUCCUGGGUUUGGGUUGAUGAGCGGGAGUGUACAUUGA